UCCCCACUCCCCAGUCCCCACCACAGUCCAAUUCCUCUGAACUUGUUUUCUCCCUUUUUCUUUUUGCUUUGUUAUCGUAAUAAAAGAGAUUGACAUCAAAUAAGAUCUACAAAUCAGAGGCAAAAUCCACCAUUGUUUUUGAUUAGCCAUGGAACUAGAAAGCGCACCUCUUUCUGCUUCAUCAAAGGACGGAAAAUCAAUCAGACAGAACGGCGGUUCCGUUUCAACUAAUCAUCUCUCUUCUUCUAAAGAGGUCGAAAAGAAGCAGAGAAGAAGAAGAUGCUGGUUCAUAUGCUUGGGAUUGAUUUUGUUUGUGUUGGCGAUCGCAAUAAUCUUAUUGGUGUUGGCUUUUACAGUCUUCAAGGCCAAGCAUCCAGUUGUUACUGUGAAUUCCAUUAAUAUAAAAGAUUUGAACAUCGAUUUGGAUAUCUUAAGGCUUCAAGUACACAUAAACGUAUCACUUGAUAUCGAUCUCUCCUUGAAGAAUCCGAACAAGGUUGGAUUCAAGUACACAAAUAGCACAUCUUCUCUUGAAUAUCGAGGAAAAGUUGUAGGGGAGUUUCCCAUCCCCGCUGGAAAGAUCUCAGCAGGAAAAACAGUUGGCAUGAACAUAACCCUAACUUUAAUGGCGGAUCGUUUGUUGUCGAAUGCACAACUCUAUUCAGACGUUAUUUCGGGAAAUAUGUCACUUAGUACUCAUACUAGAAUAUCGGGCAAAGUUCAUGUAUUGUUCUUCAAAGUCAAAGUUGUCUCUUAUACGGCAUGUGAUGUGAAUGUCAAUGUUAUCAAUAGGUCCAUUACAGACAUGGAUUGUCGCUACAAGACCAAAAUUUAAGGUAUUAUGUUAGUAGAUAUUUAAUAUUUAUAUAUUUUUGGUUUGUUUAUAGUUUGUAGUGUGAAAGAGUGACUUUAUGAUAUAUACAAUAGUGGUAUGUAAUUUAAUCUAUGAGGUUGAUCUUAAAUUUUGAACCAUACAAUAUUUGACUCAUG